AUGGCUUGUCUGCGGCUCCAACUCGAAGCUCUUGCGGCCGUCUUGGCCCUGGUCGCAGCAAAUGGCGUAUCACACGGCUUUGAGUUCCACGAGGCCACCGUGGAGGCCAUCCACCUCGGCUUCAGCAACGGCAGCCUCACCUCGACGGCGCUCGUCCAGUUCUACCUAGACCAGAUCAGCCGCCUCAACCCGCUACUUCGCGCCGUUAUCGAGGUCAACCCGGACGCGCUCCGUCAGGCGGCGCGCGCCGAUGCUCGGCGCGCGUCCUCCGGCGGCCGCCUGACCGGUGGGCUACAUGGUAUCCCCGUCCUUCUCAAGGACAACAUCGCGACCCUGGACGCGCUCAACACGACGGCCGGCUCCUUCGCUCUCCUCGGCUCCGUUGUCAAGCGGGACGCCGGCGUGGUGGUCCGGCUCCGGCAAGCCGGCGCCGUGGUGCUCGGCAAGGCCAACCCCUCCGAGUGGUCCAACUUCCGCACCGUCGACUCCGGGUGGAGCGCCCGCGGCGGCCAGUCGCUGAACCCGUACGUUCUGUCGUCCACCCCAUGCGGGUCAAGCGCCGGGCCGGGCGUCGCGGCGGCGGCAAACAUGGCGGCGGUGACGCUGGGCACGGAGACCGACGGCUCCAUACUCUGCCCGUCAUCGUGGAACUCCGUUGUCGGGAUCAAGCCUACUGUCGGGCUCACCAGCCGGUCCGGGGUCAUUCCCAUCACCCCUAGGCAGGACACCGUCGGACCGAUGUGUCGGACGGUGUCGGACGCGGUGCAGGUGCUUGACACCAUUGUCGGCUACGACGCGUUCGACGCCACAGCCACCGGAGCAGCAUCCAAGUACAUCCCUGCUGGAGGGUACGUGCAGUUCUUGAAGCAAGAUGGGCUGAGAGGCAAGAGAAUCGGCGUCCCCAAUGGCUUCUUCCAAGGAUACGGGGAGGCGGAACUGAGGGUGUACCAGCAGCACCUCGACACAAUGAGGAAUCACGGGGCCGUGGUGAUCGAGAACCUUGACGUGGCAGCCAAUUUGACCGCUCUGGCGGUUGAUAUUGCUUCCAACGAGUUCAUGGCAGUGCGGGCAGAGUUCAAGCUGAGUCUGAACGCGUACCUGGCAGAUCUGAGGUACUCCCCGGUCCGCUCGCUUGCAGACGUCAUAGCUUUCAACAAUGCAAAUCCUGUCCAGGAGAGGCUGAAAGAUUUCGGACAGCGCAAUCUUAUCGCAGCGGAAAACACACAUGGCAUUGGAUCUGUGGAGAGAGCUGCGAUUCGACGGCUGGAGGAGCUGUCCGCUAAUGGGCUUGAGAGGCUGAUGAAGGAGCAGCAGCUGGACGCGAUCGUGACGCCCAACAGCAGCGCCUCCAGCCUUCGCGCCAUCGGCGGCCACCCCGGCAUCGUUGUGCCCGCGGGGUAUGGCGAGCAGGGAGUCCCAUUCGGCAUAUGCUUCAGCGGGCUGCAGGGGUACGAACCCAGGCUGAUCGAGAUUUCUUACGCCUUCGAGCAAGCAACCAACGUGAGAAGGCCACCGACGUUCAAGCCCUAG